UCCAUUGUCGGUGGUGGGGAUCUUCUCUGCUCCUUCCUCAAAGGUUCUGAUAAUCCUAAACUUAUGUUCCAGUGGGUGCGUGGGUGUGGGUAGGUUUUCUGUAGACCUCAAUAUUGAGGCUUGCCUGCCCACGCCUCGCAGUGCAAAACAGCAACAGUUUGUAUGUCACACUGCGAUGUGACUGCGUGCGCCUUUUCAACCGCUUCCAUUGGGUUAUGAGGUGCGGAAAUAUUUUGAUGACAUGUGAAAGCCAACACAUGACAUGAGCGUUCAGCAGAACACAAUGAUGGAGUGCAGAGAGAAGCCAGCUCAGGUAGAAAGAGGAUGGGGAGCAAUAGAGGAGAGGAACUAGCAGAGCAUAAUUAGCCCAGGCUGCUUGGUUACCUUCCAAACAAAGCUGCUGAUUUGCGGAGCAAAAGACGAGGGAGGCGUAAGGCGAGUUGGACAGAGACAAACGAGGUGGGGGGUGGUGAGGCUGGAGUGAGAUGAGGGAAGUGAUUGCGGCAUGCCACAUACACUUAAAGCUCGGUCUCCCUUGGAGACAGUGGCGGUGCUGGACCACGGCAUGACAUUACAACAGUAGCGUGUCCACUUGACUGUGGAGUCAGUCAGCUGUGUCACUACUACACAGGCGGCAGACAGAGAGAAAAGGAAGUGUGCAGAGAUCGAGCUGUGCCGGACUGGAGUGCUGGGGAGAAGAGUUGACAGAUCUGGGAAGCAGGCAGACGGAGUGGCUGGGGAAUAAGUGAAGAGCGUGAAGACGAAGAAGAAAGAGAAGAAGCAGAGGAGUAAGGAUGCGUGGAGAGAGGAGGAAGAGCUGCUGAGGGUGCGCACGCACACACAUAAAUAGACUUCCCAGGGAAGGACAGUGUGUUGUGGCACCCUGUGGAGGAUGAAGAAGCACUCAGCCCGAGUGGCUCCUCUCAGCUCCUACAGCACUCAGGUCCUGACCUGCCCCAUCUCUGAAGGAGAGGAUGGUUUGGAGUCUCACGCCGAGACGCCUGGUAGUGAGACAGGUGUGGAGAACCCGUCGUACCGCACAUGCACCAGCACAGUGCUGAAGGUGCUCGGUGGCCUGCUGAUGGUGCUGUGCAUCUCGUCCUCCUGGGUGGGUACCGCUCAGGUGGUCAAGCUGACCUUCCGGUCAUUCUCGUGUCCUUUCUUCAUAUCCUGGUUCAGCAGCAACUGGAAUAUCCUCUUCUUUCCUCUCUAUUACUCUGGACAUGUGGUGACCACAAGGGAGAAGCAGACACCCAUUCAAAAAUUCAGAGAGUGUAGCAAGCUAUUUGGCGAGGAGAGGAUGAGCCUGAAACUUUUUGUGAAGAGAACAGCGCCUUUCUCCAUCCUGUGGACGCUGACCAACUACUUGUACCUUAUGGCCUUGAAGAAGCUCACUGCCACCGAUGCGUCUGCCCUUUACUGCUGCCACAAGGCCUUCGUCUUUCUCUUGUCGUGGAUUGUCCUCAAGGACCGCUUCAUGGGUGUCCGAAUUGUUGCUGCCAUCAUGGCCAUCACGGGAAUAGUCAUGAUGGCGUAUGCUGACGGUUUCCACGGUGAUUCCUUUGUGGGUGUGGCACUCGCUGUGGGCUCAGCCUCGACUUCGGCUCUUUAUAAGGUGCUGUUCAAGAUGUUCCUGGGAAGUGCCAAUCUUGGCGAGGUGGCUCAUUUCCUUUCCACCAUGGGUUUCUUCAACCUCGUCUUCAUCUCCUGUGUGCCGCUCAUCCUCUAUUUCACCAAAGUAGAGCAAUGGGGCUCCCUCUCUUCGCUGCCCUGGGGAUACAUGUGUGGUCUGGCAGGAUUGUGGCUCGUGUUCAACAUUCUGGUUCAUGUCGGUGUGGUCCUGACAUACCCCAUUCUCAUCUCCAUCGGAACGCUACUCAGUGUACCAGGAAAUGCAGCUGUAGACGUCCUUAAACACGCGGUGAUCUUCAGCGCUGUGCGCCUUGCGGCCACGUGCAUCAUCUGCAUGGGUUUCUUGCUGUUGCUGCUCCCAGAGGAGUGGGACUCGAUCACAGUGCGCUUCCUGGCCACCAUGGCAGACAAGAAAUCAGAGGAGCAUGGCGAGGAGCUCACAGAGUCGAGCGUGCACACGAGAAGCCGCAGUCGAGCCAACGGCACCGUCUCCCUUCCCUUAGCAUGACAUAGCGACACCCCUCUGUGAGCUUUUCUUCCACAACUGCCCACUCAAGGAGGGGAGACUGGAACACAUGAUGGAAACAAUCUGAAAGAUUAUUUGUCAAGGAUGUAUCGGUGUCUCAAGAUGCGCCUGGCCGACCGGAAGAGGGGUCUUUAUGGAAAGCGUUAUUUACUUUCUCGAUAAACCUGCCACACUCAGUCCUUCACACGCUGACUGACCUCUGCCCUGCUCUGCUCUGCGGAAUGUAUUCUGUGAAUAUAAAUCCUGUCAGAGACAGUCUGGCUAAACCUUGUAUUUAUGUAUUUGAUGUAUUUAUUAAGAGAGGGGAUAACACAUGUAUUUAUUUCAAAUCUUACUGAAAUGCCUUAUACGUAAGAAGACUAACAAUUAUACCAUUCUUAAUGUACACAUUUUGUUUGUUUGUUUGUUUUUAAUAUUAAUAAAAAAAAAGUGCUCACACCAAAUUGACUGUCAUAUAAGUGAAUCAAACAGCCAAUUGUUUACCUAAAGUAUUUGAAAGUUGGGUUUCCUGAAUGUCCUGGUUUCCCCAUCUUCUCUUAAGACCAUAAUGAGCCAUUGAGUGUCUCUGGAAAAAUGUUGGUGUUUUUUUUCUGCAGCUAUAGAGAAAUAAAAAGCACAAACAGGGCAGAAAAAAAUGAGCCCAAUUUUUUCUUUAAAAAAUUAAACAGUCUAGAACUAAUUUCAAUAUUCAUUUACUCAGGCUAAGGCUUUGUGUCAGAACGAGCAGAAUGUCUCUCUUUGAGAAACUCAGAUGUCAAGACGGUGAAGGCUCAUGUCGAUAUGAUUUUUAUUUUUUGAAUUGAAUGUGAGGCUUUUUUUCUUGUCAUUUAUCAUUUAAAACUGUCAGAGCUUUUUUUCCAGAUGAUGAAAUUCAGGACAUGGAGGUUCUUUCUGAGGCAUUAAACGACUGUUGUGUGAAGCUUUUGAAAGCAGUUAGAAUUUUACAAGUUUGUGUUCAUGUAAAGAAGGCAAGAAAGCCGGACUAAAGUAUUCAUCAGCAGAACUAGAAGAAUUGAUUAUUGAAUGCAAACACUGAAGGAGGUUGAGAAGAGUGAACUGCACUGCAAUUAAUCAU